AGUAUGUAUAACCUUCGUCAAAUCUAAUCGCAAAUCACUCCUACGCGAAAGUACAAUAAAAUUUUCUUACUUAUCUGGUGUAUUCGAAGUAGCAAAUUUAAUUAAAAAAUUUGAAAUUAAUGAAGGGAAAAUAGUUUUUCUGUGAUUUUAAAGAAAAUGACUUCGAAAGUAUUGGAUAUAAUUACUGUUUUAUUCUUCUUUUAUUCGGUAUUCAUCCAUGCAUCGGAUAUCUUAAAAGCAGAUGAUCUUAGCCAUGCAAUUAUUGACGCAGUUUUAAUGGAAAAUGGAAAUGGAGAGGUUAUGGACCCAAUGAAUAUCACAGCAACCUGCACAGAUGACACUGACUGCGUGUACGGGUACUGUCUGGAAGAAGAUGACAAACCAAAACACUGCAAAUGCUUCAUCGGCACGAGUGGUGACAAAUGCCAUCUAAUUGAUGACUGCGAAAACAAUGAAUUAGACUGUGGUAAUGAUACUAGUAUCAAGUGUUCUUAUGCAGGUGGCAUGUACGGUAAAGCCUACUGCGCAUGUCCUGACAAAAAUCUGCAAUUUGAUUACGACACCAAAACUUGCAAAGAUUGCCGUUGUGGUAUUUAUGGCUUUGGAUGCAGAACGUCGAACGGUACCAGGGAAUGCGUUUGUGGUUACAGAACUGGUGAUAAGAAUGGAUACUGCGUAGAAUGUGAUUGUUUAACUAACUCCUUCGGAUGCUUCUUUGACGAUAAUGGUAAACAUUGCAUCUGUGCAGAAGGCUAUUCUAGUCUCUUUGGAGAAUGCAAAGAGUGUGACUGCGGUCCACACCAAAUUGACUGCAAAUACCACAGGGGUGGACCCAUAUGCAGAUGUCAACCAGGCUUCGCGGAGAAAAAUCAAUAUUGUCAAGAUAUGUGCAAUGAUACCCAUACAUGCCAGAAUGGAGGAGAAUGUGUAGAACAAGUAUGCAAGUGUAAAGAUGGCACUGAUGGGUACUUCUGCGAAACGCUCAGAGAAUGCAAAUCAUAUGGAGAUUGCGGGGAGCACGAGUCAGUGAUGUGCAUUUAUGAUCAAAAUACCACUAAAACUACUUGCGCCUGUAAAAACAAAACCCUGGCGUUUGAUAACCAGCAGAAAAUGUGCAGAGAAUGCGAUUGUGGACCAAAUGGAGAUUGUAGUUAUUGGUACGGUAAAAAAUGCAAGUGCCAUGAAGGAUACGCGGAACUUGAAGGCACAUGCAAAUCUUGUAGUUGUAAGGGUGGAGUUUGUUCAUUCAGCACCGAAGGACAAAGGAUUUGCAAGUGUGAUUAUGGGUACAGGGAAGUCAACGGAGAAUGCCUGGAAUGUGACUGUGGAAGAGCUGGAUUCUGCUCUUAUAAUGGAACUCAGAAAAUGUGUUUUUGCAACAUAGAUUAUGUGGAGUAUUACGGAAAAUGCAAAUAUUGCUAUUGUGGACGGAACGGAAGAUGCAGUUUCAAUAGUUUCGGAUCACCAGUUUGUGACUGCCUUCCAGGAUAUGGCCAAAAGGAUGGAUACUGUCAAGAAUGUAAAUGCGGUAGAGGAGCAAGCUGCACCUUUUAUUCCAAUGGCAAGCAAUGUUUAUGCCCCAAAUAUUACGAAGAAAAAGAUGGAAUUUGCGUUCUAAUUGAGGACUGCAAUAAACCUAACGCUUGUCCGUUUACAACAAAAUGCAUAGACCGCGAAGGAGGAGGAUAUGAAUGUGUUUGUGCCGAGGGCUUCACUCCAAUUUUCGAUAAGUACACAGGUUUGCAAGAUCCAAAUAAAUACGGAUGCAGAGAGAUAUGUCUUCCUGGCGACUGUAACGCUGGAAAGUGCAAUAUAAUUGGAAAUACUUAUGAAUGCAUAUGUGACGAAGGCUAUAGUGGAAAAUACUGUGACAUGAAAGUUCUGAAGAUUCCAGGUAAUUCUGCCUUGAUUGCGGGUUUUUCAGUUUCAACGCUGAUUUUAGGAGCCUUGCUGUUUGCUUUGGGUUGCAUACUGUUCAGAUAUUUUAAAAAUGCAAAGUCUGCAUCAACUUACGGAAAUCAACAGCAAGAGAGUAUGAAGCAUUUCUAAUGUAUGCUCUUAAGUUUUCAACUCAAUAUUUUGUAACUUGAGACAACAAGAAAAAACAUUUUUAAUGUAUUAUUUAUUAAACCUGAUGGCUAAAAUAAAAUAUAUAUACGUCAUAACCGA